GAGCUUCCGGCCGAGGCGACUGCCACUUCCGGCAGAAAAAAAGAUGGCAUCGGAGCGCGCGGUGCCGAGCGACUUGUUCCCGCUGGUGCUGGCUUUCUUGCGGGAGAACCAUUUCGACCGGGCGGCGCGGGCUUUUGGGAAAGCGGCUGGAGUGACUGAGCAAGAUCCAAAUGCUGCUUCUCUCCUUGAUAUCUUCAAUUUUUGGCUAAAAUCACCGAUUGCCAAAAAACAGCAAGCAUUUGCAAAUGGUGUGAAGAAGACAAAGAAAGAAUCAUCUACAUGUGAAAGUUCCAGUGAAAAUGAAAUCCCUCCAGUCAAAAAACAAGCUACGAAACCAGUGACUGUGCCCCCAGUACCAAUAAAGUCAACUCCAGGCAGUUCUGAGAGCAGCAGUGCUGAUAGCACUGACUCCACAGACUCAGAGCAAGAAGGGAAAAAACCAGCAAAGAAGGGAAUAAUUCUCCAAUCAACCAUUCAAAAAACAAAGUCCCAGAAGACAUCUAAGAAUUCAAGUUCGGAUUCAAGCAGCUCAGAAGAUGAAACUCCAAAGCACCAACCACCAAAGUCAAAAGGAGCCCAAAAAGUCAUAAAACUGACUUCUACAUCAGCAAAACCUACCAAGGUGAUGUCUAAAACUAUCAAUGGCAAGGCAGACAGUAGUAGCAGCAGCAGCAGUGAUGACACGAGUAGUAGUGAGGAUUCCAGCUCUGAAGAGAAUCAGCCUGUCAAAGGUAAGCUGAAGAAACUUCCACAUUGUAAAAACAACACUGCUCAGCCACUUCCGAUUAAAACCAAGCAGGGAAAGAAGAGCAACAGUGAGACUUCUCGUGACAGUUCAGAACAUGAGAAACUAGCCUCAAAGCCGAAGCGUGGAGAGUACUCUGCUGUGCCACCCCCUUUAGCCAUAGAAUCAAAGAAAGGCAAAGCCCCCCUCAUAAAAAAGAAGACCUUUAAGAAGAACGGAGAGAAUAAUGAGAAAAAAGAGCAAGUGUUCACAAAGAGCCCAUCAAAAGGAAUUUCUAAUAGAGGAAAGGAUGCACUAUUUCUCAUCAGACAGAAGGAGACAUCUAAUCCCUGUGAUAGAUCUGAAGGGUCUGUGAUUAAAAAAGCAUUUGCCCCCAAAUCUCUCCCUGUUUCUAUCCAAAAAGGAAAUACUUCUUCAGAGAGUGAUUCAGAUUCUAGUUCUGAAGAAGAAAAGAAAGUUUUGGUCAAAUGCUCUGCCAAAGCCGUUUCAGCGAAUGGUGCUGUUAAAUCAGUUCCAUUCAAGAAAGUGAGCAGCUCCUCUGAUACUUCAGAUUCUGAUAGUUCUGACAGUAUUCCUGAGAAAUCCGCAGUUAAGACAGGCAUAAAGAAAGUGAAGAAACCUCUUGGAGUGCUGGCAAAGAAAGUAGAAAGUAGCCUUGAAAAUAAGAAAGUUCAUAAAGUAAAAGGCACAAAGGCUGUCAAAAUAACACCCAAAUCCAGCACCCCUAUCUCUAAACCAAAGAGUUCUGAAUCAAGCAGCUCAAGCAGUUCAAGCAGCUCAAGCAGUGAAGAAGAGAGACAGCCAUCCCAGAAAGCAGCUGGCAAACUCUCAGUGGGUAGCAGUUUGAUCGUUAGCAAGCAAACCCCAGCUGAGAUCAGGACCUCUACUGAGAAUUCCACUGAUGAAUUUAAAAUAUCUGAAAAAACAGAAAGAAAGAGAGGACAAAAUAACUGCAAAACAGCAAAAAAAGUGCUAAAAACCUCAGCUAACUUGGUGGGCAAAACAUCUGCAUUAAAGACUCCAACAUCUGAAGUAGUGAAUUCUGCAAACAGUAGUAGUUCUGAUGAAGAGGCCACAAAGGAAGGCUUAUCAAAAAAAAAGCGGAAAAGGAAAGAUGAACAGGAGUUGGAGACCCCAGACAUCAAGAAGAUGAAAGCCACAAGUCCUCAUACAUUCCCAAAAUCAAAGCGGCAAUCCAGUCCUUUUCGCAGAAUAAGAACAGAAGAGAUAGAAAUAGAUGUGCGAGUAGCUAACAAUUCCUUUGAUGCCAAGAGAGGAGCUAUAGGCGACUGGGGUGAAAAAGCAAAUGAUGUUCUGAAAUUUACAAAAGGUAAAUCCUUCCGACAUGAGAAGACAAAGAAGAAAAGGGGAAGUUAUUGUGGUGGUACUAUCUCUACACAGAUAAACUCCAUCAAAUUUGAAAGUGACUAAAUUUCUACCAUAUUGGGAACAGGAUCCCAGUUAAAUAGUGAAAUGUCAUGGAUAUCUCUUCCACAACCUGUUGUCUUAAUUUCUGAUGGGAGGAUGGCUGCCAGUUUCCUAUGUGAUAAUGUGACUCUUAAUGGAGGUAUGGGAUUGAGUCCUUUGGAUUUCUCAGAAGUUUCUAACUUCGCAUCACUUUAUGUUAAUGAACACUUGAUAAUGUGAUAAAUAAACAUACCUUAUUUCUACUAA